CCUGACUGAAUGGAGACAGGAGCCACAGGCACACACAGUCACGUUACUGGCCGUCUCGGGCACUUCUCCCAGGGAAAGGAUGGUCCGCGUCUCCGGCUGCUGAGGAAUGAGCAGGUUGUGCCUUUGGAAGGGUAUCCUUAAUGCUGCACAUCCGGCAGCGCUGUCCCUGCAUACACAACCAGCGCAGCAAUGCAGUGGAGGCUCCCAUUCUAUCCUGUGCUGCUCCCAGCCCCCGAGCGCUGAAUUGGGACAUUGUAUCCUGGCUGCUGGCUUGACGUUCCCCUGGCUGUGUGUAUGUUGUUGGAACUGGCAGGCCGGCUAGGCCCAGGACGGACAGGUGCUGUCAUCUAUAUGGAGAAGAGCGGCUGCAGCCCUUUUCCAAUAUGCUGGGCUAAAGAAUAUGACAGACACCUAGCAUCCAGCAAGACUAUGGCCGCGGCUUACCUGGAUCCGAACCUGAACCACACUCCUAACUCCAACGCAAAGUCCCGCCUGAGCACCGGCAUGGAGAGGUCACCGGGGGCCAUCGAAAGAGUGUUAAAAGUCUUCCAUUACUUUGAAAGCAACAGUGAGCCAGCGACGUGGGCCAGCAAUAUCCGUCAUGGGGAUGCCACCGAUGUCAGGGGUAUAAUCCAGAAGAUUGUGGACAGUCACAAAGUAAAAUGUGUCUCCUCGUAUGGAUUACGUCUCAGUCACUUGCGCUCCGAGGAGGUCCAUUGGCUGCAUCUGGAUAUGGGAGUGUCUCACGUCCGAGAGAAGUAUGAGCAGGCUCAUCCGCCUGAGGAGUGGAAGUAUGAACUGAGAAUUCGAUAUUUGCCCAAAGGGUUUCUGAACCAAUUCACAGAGGACAAGCCCACCUUGAAUUUCUUUUACCAGCAGGUGAAAAAUGACUACGUGUCUGAGAUGGCAGACCAGGUGGACCAGGAAAUUGCUUUGAAGCUGGGCUGCCUUGAAAUCCGGCGAUCUUAUGGGGAGAUGAGAGGAAACGCUCUGGAAAAGAAAUCAAACUAUGAAGUAUUAGAGAAAGACGUGGGACUCAAGAGGUUCUUUCCGAAGAGUUUGCUGGAUUCUGUUAAGGCAAAAACCCUACGGAAGUUGAUCCAGCAAACGUUCCGGCAGUUCGCCAACCUCAACAGGGAAGAAAGUAUCUUGAAAUUCUUUGAAAUCCUCUGUCCGGUUUACAGAUUUGACAAGGAAUGCUUUAAGUGCGCCCUGGGAUCCAGUUGGAUUAUAUCUGUGGAGUUGGCAAUCGGCCCUGAAGAAGGAAUUAGUUACCUUACGGACAAAGGGUCUAACCCGACCCAUCUCGCUGACUUUACUCAGGUGCAGACGAUACAGUAUUCCAGCAGUGAAGACAAGGACAGGAAAGGGAUAUUGCAGCUAAAGAUCGCAGGCGCGCCAGAGCCGCUCACUGUGACAGCCCCGUCUCUUACCAUCGCAGAGAACAUGGCCGACCUGAUAGAUGGAUACUGUCGCCUUGUCAACGGAGCCUCCGAAUCCUUCAUUAUCAGGCCGCAAAAAGAAGGUGAACGGGCGUUGCCGUCUAUACCAAAGCUGGCCAACAACGAGAAACACGGCGUAAGGGCCCACACCGUCUCCGUGUCAGGUACCUCACCCCCUCCGCCUAGAAGGGCGCACAAAGCCAAGUGUUUUCUGCCAUUCAUCCUCUGUUCCCAUGACUCUCCACCAAAGGAAACCGAUGACUAUGCAGAGAUUAUAGAUGAAGAGGAUACUUACACCAUGCCUUCCAAAAGCUAUGGAUUAGACGAAGCCGGCGACUAUGAGAUCCAGAGGGACCGGAUCGAGCUGGGGCGUUGCAUCGGGGAAGGGCAGUUCGGAGACGUGCACCAGGGAGUUUACAUGAGCCCGGAGAAUCCAGCCAUGGCGGUCGCAAUCAAAACGUGUAAGAACUGCACCUCCGACAGCGUGCGGGAGAAAUUCUUACAGGAGGCCUUAACGAUGCGCCAGUUUGACCACCCGCAUAUUGUGAAACUAAUUGGGGUGAUUACAGAAAACCCAGUUUGGAUAAUCAUGGAGCUUUGUACCCUGGGCGAGUUGCGGUCGUUUUUGCAAGUCCGAAAAUACAACCUGGAUCUGUCAUCGCUAAUCCUCUACGCCUACCAGCUCAGCACAGCCCUCGCCUACCUGGAGAGCAAACGAUUUGUACAUAGGGAUAUUGCUGCUAGGAACGUAUUGGUCUCCUCUUCGGACUGUGUGAAGUUGGGAGAUUUUGGGCUCUCACGGUAUAUGGAAGACAGUACUUACUAUAAAGCUUCUAAAGGUAAACUGCCCAUUAAAUGGAUGGCCCCAGAGUCCAUUAACUUCCGUCGUUUUACCUCUGCGAGUGAUGUCUGGAUGUUCGGUGUAUGUAUGUGGGAAAUCUUAAUGUAUGGCGUGAAGCCUUUCCAGGGCGUGAAGAACAAUGAUGUGAUUGGUCGGAUAGAGAACGGCGAGCGCCUACCCAUGCCGCAGAAUUGCCCCCCCACUCUCUAUAGCCUUAUGACAAAGUGCUGGGCAUAUGACCCCAGCCGGCGGCCGCGAUUCACGGAACUCAAAGCACAACUCAGUACAAUAUUAGAAGAAGAAAAGCUACAACAGGAGGAACGGAUGAGGAUGGAGUCUCGGAGGCAGGUGACAGUGUCCUGGGACUCCGGAGGAUCAGACGAGGCUCCUCCAAAGCCCAGCCGGCCAGGAUACCCCAGCCCCAGGUCCAGCGAAGGCUUCUUCCCAAGUCCCCAGCACAUGGUACAGCCAAAUCACUACCAGGUGUCUGCUUAUCCUGUCACCCACGGAAUCUCCUCUAUGCCCGGAAACAUUUAUCCCGGCCAGGCCACAGUCUUGGACCAUCUUGACUCCUGGAACCAUCGGCCACAAGACAUAACCAUGUGGCAAGCUAAUAUGGAGGACACGGGACCCCUGGACAUGAGAUGUUUGGGGCAGGUUCUACCCACACAUCUAAUGGAGGAACGGCUAAUACGGCAGCAGCAGGAAAUGGAAGAGGACCAGCGCUGGUUAGAGAAAGAAGAACGGUUUCUGAAGCCAGACGUCCGGCUCUCCCGAGGCAGCAUUGAGCAUGUGGACGGCAGCAUACAGUGUCCGGCUGGUAACCAGCACAUAUAUCAGCCCGUGGGGAAGCCAGAUCAUACGGCUCCACCAAAGAAGCCUCCUCGGCCGGGAGCACCCAGCCACCUCAGUAACCUGGCCGGGCUGAACAGUCCUGUGGAUAGCUACAAUGAAGGAGUGAAGAUUCAGCCGCAGGAAAUCAGUCCGCCCCCCACCGCUAACCUGGACCGCACCAAUGACAAAGUGUAUGAGAAUGUGACUGGCUUGGUGAAAGCUGUGAUAGAGAUGUCCAGUAGGAUCCAGCCAGCCCCUCCGGAGGAGUACGUCCCGAUGGUGAAGGGGGUUGGCCUGGCGUUACGGACACUGCUAGCAACUGUGGACGAGACCAUUCCUGUUCUCCCUGCAAGUACACACAGAGAGAUCGAGAUGGCUCAGAAGCUGCUGAACUCGGACCUGGGGGAACUCAUCAAUAAAAUGAAGUUGGCGCAGCAGUAUGUGAUGACUAGCCUGCAGCAAGAGUACAAGAAACAAAUGCUGACCGCUGCACACGCACUGGCCGUGGACGCCAAGAACUUGCUAGAUGUCAUUGACCAAGCCCGACUGAAAAUGAUUGGACAUUCCAGGCCGCACUAAAGCGUAUGAGAACAGACUCCUGUUACGUCUCUGUCUAACAUGUAUUCCCGCUUCCGGGAUUACGUAAAGCCAAUUACCAGCAAUCCUCGGCUUCGGCCAGCGGCCGCUUCUCCAGUGCUGAUUGGUGCCAACUUGGCGCCGCGUGAAGUAUAAUAUUUUUCUCCUUAAGUUCUCAUUGGCUGCGACGCCGCUGGCCUGAUUUUACCGACGUGUCUGUCACCGGGAGUAAUUGUUGGCAGAGAACUUUGGAGGGUUGCACUUGGGACCUCUGGUAACCUCUUCGCCAAGAAACAGAGGGGAGAGUGGAAAGUCGGAGGCCAGGUUACGGCCCUGUGAUACCAAUUAAUCCGGGAAAACCAGAGAGCACACAGCGUCCGUCCGAGUCGUGACCGCUGUUGGAACUGGAAUCUCUUAUCCUUUUGUUUUGUUUUUGUUUUUUUUAUUUCUUUUACAUUAAGUCACAAUAUGCUACUAAGAAGCGAUAUUUUCAAGACUUAAACGCUCUGUUUAUUUUUUGCUCCUUUUGUGGAUGUGUGUAAUCUUUGAUUGGAGACCAUGUGAGAAUCCAUUUUGUCUCCCCCUGCCCCCCCCUUCCCCAAUCCUCUGGAACUAAAGUGCCAGGAUUUCUUUUUUAUUUUAUUUUUCCUCUGUAGGGUCAGCUUUUGUGUCCCAAUUUUUUUUAUUUUUUUUGUAACCAUGUAUAAAACACGCUGCUGACAAAACAAUUGCGUGUAGAGAGGUCCAGAGCCAUUAUAUAUAUAUAUCCCAUUUUUUUUUUUAUAUAAAUAUAUAUAAUUUAUAAAUAAAUCUUACGGCUGUGCUAACAUUUGAAAUGCUUGCAGCUGUCUCCAUCACGCCCGCCUUGCCUGUUAACCCGAAUUUAAUUUAAUUUUUCUCGUUUUUUUUUUUUGUUUUUUUAAUUUUUUUUAUCUUCUAUUUUUGUUGUUGUCAUUUUUACUACCCAAAUAAAUUAUGAAACCGUUUUCACCCUUA